UUUAAAUGUGAAAUUUGUUGUAAUAUUUAUGUGUAUGUUCUUGUAAAUAGAAAUAUUUAUUUAAAAUGGAACUUUUAAUGAAUAGUGAUUAUUAUGUUAUUUUAAAUAAUGACUAUAGUUUGUGGUGUAGCAGAAAUGAUGGAUCUAUAACACCAAAAUGCUCCAAAGAAGUAGAAAAAUUGACUGAUUUUGUAUGUAUAGGAAUUGUAUUUGGUGUUAUAGGAAAAUUUACUAUUCAACAAGAUAUUGACAAACGUCUGGUUGUGGUUAAAGAUCGUGCUGUUGUUGGAGUUUUACCAGGUGGUCAUGAUGUUUACAAGAUACAAAAAAUUGCUUUGUUGCCCUUAAAUCAACAACAUCUACCUGAUGUUGAAUUUGAGGUUUGCAAGAAACACCGUUUCAAUCCCAAGAAAGCUGAUAAACCCUCCAAUAACCCAGAUGUUCAACAGAAAGCUUUUCAGAAAACUUGGAAUACUUUAAAAGCAGCAACUUCCCAAGUUAAAUCUAGGAAGGUAUACAGCUCAUUGAUUUCAGCUGCCUCGCUCCUGGCAAGUAGAAUACUUAUUCCGGCCAUUUUAGAUCAAGUGGAAUUGGGGCCAUGGAGUCAAUUUUCACAAAUACUGGCUAUAAAGCAACCCAAAGAGCAAAGAGACCGAGAUAAACUAGAAAAGAGAGUUAUUGAGGAGUUUACAAAAAUGUUCACUGAUACAGAUUCAUUCUAUUAUUCAUUUACUGGAGAUCUGACCAAUUCCAUCCAAAGGAUGUAUUAUCAAUCAAAAGAUCCAGAAUAUAAAGGAUUACCACUUUGGAAAAGAAUUGACGAUCGCUUCUUUUGGAACAAAUAUAUGUUAUCUGAAUUAAUAAACCUUCAGGACCCACUAUGUGACCCUUGGAUAAUACCUGUCAUUCAAGGCUUUGUGCAGAUUGAACAAUGUUGGAUUGACAUCAUUGAUGAUGCUGAAUCUCUCUCAGCAGAAGGGGCGAGGUUUUUCCCUCCUCCUGUACUUUUACCAGACUCAACUGGUAAAAAUUACUCCAUGACUUUAAUAUCAAGACGAAGUCGGCAUCGUGCUGGCACACGCUAUAAAAGAAGGGGAGUAGAUGAAUCAGGCAAAUGCGCAAAUUAUGUUGAAACUGAACAGAUAUUUGAAUUUGCCUCCCAUACAGUCUCGUUUGUUCAGACUCGAGGUUCAGUUCCUAUAUUUUGGAGUCAGCCUGGCUAUAAAUAUAGGCCACCACCUCAACUUGAUAAAGGUGAGGAAGAAACUCAGACAGCAUUUGAAAAACAUUUUGCUGAAGAGCUUAGUAUAUAUAAUAAGCAUGUAGUAAUCAUUAAUUUAAUGGAACAAACUGGAAAAGAAAAAAUUAUUAAUGAUGCUUAUCUGAAACAUAUUUUGGAGUUCAGCUGUCCUGAUUUGACUUACGUGAGUUUUGAUUUUCAUGAAUACUGCCGGGGUAUGAAAUUCGAAAAUGUAUCUGUUCUUAUUGAAAGUAUCCAAGAUAUCAUUCGAGACAUGAGAUACUGCUGGACUGACAGUGAAGGACUAAUUUGUGAACAACGUGGUGUUUUCCGAGUGAAUUGCGUGGAUUGUCUUGAUCGGACUAAUAUUGUCCAAACUGCACUUGCCAAAACUGUUAUGGAUAUCCAGUUCAAUAAACUAGGCUUACUGCCACCUGAAGGAGUUCUGCCUGCUGGUUGCCGUCGAAUCUUUCAAAUGCUUUGGGCAAAUAAUGGGGACAUUAUCAGUCGUCAAUAUGCUGGUACAGUGGCAUUAAAAGGUGAUUAUACUAGAACAGGAGAGCGCCGAAUUGCUGGAAUGAUGAAAGAUGGUUACCAUUCAGCAAACAGAUACUAUAUGAAUAGAUUUAAAGAUGCAUUUCGUCAAGCCACAAUUGACUUGAUGAUGGGAAAUCCUGUUACUGAAGACAUUCAUGCUGUUACACCUGAACGAGAAGAGGUAGAUCCUGAAAAUGAAAUAAAUGAGCAAGAACACCAUGAAAGAGUGAAACAGCUGAUAGAAGAUUGCAAGAAAAUAUUGAUUCCAGACACUGAGGUGGUUUUAGGUGGAUGGGCAUUGAUUGAUGCAGAUCCUGUAACUGGUGAUCCUGAUAAACAGGACAUGGAUGCCAUUCUGAUCCUGACAAAAGAUUCUUAUUUUGUUGCUGAAUACGAUGAUCAAACUGACAGAAUUAUUAAAUACCAACAUGUAUUACUAGAAGAUUUAGAAAGAAUUGAAUUGGGUCCAGAACCAGGUGUAUUUAAAUCAAAACAUUAUUGUUUACGCUUACAUUAUUCAGUUUAUGGACAGUCUGGAUAUUUUCAUAUGUUCCGCUCUACCAAUACACGUUUUUUCAACAACAUGGCUGUUCCAAUUAAAAGUGAGGAAGAAGCAGCAGAAUCACUGAAAGCUAUUUGUGAAACAUUCAAAGUUGCUCUAUCUGUAAAAGAAAUAAAUGUCCCUAUUUUUGAGGGUAAACUUGAGCGCAGGAAAAGCAAGAUGCCUUUAUCCCAGGUUGGCGUAAGAGCAGGUGUUUUUCGGAGCAAUAGGAGUCAUCAUGGACAUAGUCCUAACCAUGGUUUCCAUCUCGAAUUGCCAUCAUUUUCAUCAAUGCCCCGCAAUAUAUCAGAAGGUCAGCUGAAUUCUUUGAAGACAGUUGGUUCAAGAGCAUUGAGCAAUGUAACUUCACAUUUUGCAAAAUUGAAUCCUAUAAAAAGUGUCAAAGCUCUUGGCAAGAAAACAGGAAAUGGUAUUACAUCUCAUGUUCCAACUAAUUUAGCAUCAGUGGAUGAAACAAGCGUGUCAAUGAGUCCAAGAUUUAGUAUGGAUAGCUCUUCAGAGUCGGAAGAAGAUUCAGUUCUACAUCACAAAACUUACACUACUCCUGGAUUUCAUGGUCACAUAAGUGACCGUACACUGAGCUCCGACUACUCAGAAUUCAGCGAUGUAGAUGAGCAGGAGCUGAUGCUGUCCACAGAAUGCUUAAACAAUGGUGCUAAUGACAAUAAACAUGAUGAUGUUCUUGAAAGUUGCGGAAUUUUAGCUACAUAUAAUUUUAAAUCCAAUCAGCCCACUAACAAUAAUUUCGUAUUCCUUGAUGACCCCAGUCAUUUUAACCAAAGGCGCUAUAACACAGAAGUGGAUGAUUUCGUCUUAGAUGCAAUGAAGAAAGCUUCUAUACGACAUAUGAAUAGAAAGGCAUCGCUGAAUGAGGAAUCAAAGUGCAAAAAGCAGUUGCCAUUGACAUCAAUGCCUCAGAUUCACAUAAGUACUGAAAGUAACUUAGCUGCAUAUACAAAACCAGAUGAGGCAGGAGGCAGCUCUGGCAAAGCAGCUGUAUGUCGCAAAUUAUCCAAAUCCUCAGAAGAUCUGGAGUAUCGGCCUUGUACUGUAGCUACAUCUAAUGAAGUAUCACAUUUAUUGGUCCAAGAAGAAGUCAUGCUCGAUACGGAUGGUUUGAAUGCUAAGAUGAAGACCUCCCAUAGUGAAAGUGCAAUCCAAGAUUUCUCACUAUCCUCCCUCAACUUAUCCAAUACCCUCUCCCCUAUUGCAAUAAAAAAAGAUUUAGUCCUUUCACCUUUGUCUAGGAUAGCCAAAGGAGUACAGAGCUUUGGUAUGAAUUUACGGCCAGGCCACCAUCGAGCCAGUCCGAUCUCGCCCGACAAUGAAGAUUAUGAGAAGGUAAAGCUAAAAAGAAAAAAAUGUGCUACACGUAUCAUCGAAUUGUGAUGAUUAUUGUAGUUAUUAAAGCAUUAGUUCUGUGUUCUUGAAAUAUAUUUGUAUAGAAGUAUAUAUAAAAAAAGAAACUGUUUAAAAUUAUAUGAACAGUAGGAGCGUCUUUCUCAGCGCUGUUCAUUUGUUUAAUUGUAAAGAACUUAUGCUUGUGCAGUAUUGAAAAACUUAGAAUUUUCGAGGGGGAAAAGGAUAAAAGUGUUUUUAUUUGAAUAAAUACAUAAAACAAAUUGAAAUGAUAUUUUGCAUUAUUCAAUCUAUCUACUUCUAAUUAAUGUAAAGUAUUUCCUGCCUUUUUGUAUUAAAAAAUACCAUUCUAUAUAAUAUGUAGAAUGCUUAAUC